AUGGUGAAGUACUACCAACACAUCCUGGCCUUGGUGUUUGCCAUCAAUGAGAUCAAUCAGGACCCCAAGAUCUUGCCGAAUGUCACUCUUGGUUUCCACAUCUAUGACAGCUAUUCUAGCGCAAGCCUGACCUACCGAGUCACUUUGGACAUGCUCUGCAAAUCCAAAGCAUUUGUUCCCAACUACAAGUGUGGCCUCCAGAACAAUCUCAUUGGAGUGAUUGGAGGGAUUGAUUCUGAAACCUCCUCCUAUGUGGCAGAUAUCUUGGGCAUUUACAAGAUUCCACAGUCAAAGGACAUUGAAGGUUUCCAGGAAUACCUUCAGGCUAUCCACCCUUCUGAUGACAAAGGAAAUGGUUUCAUAAAAGAGUUCUGGGAGCAAAGCUUUGACUGUUUCAUUCCAUCAUACAAUGCUCCAUCAGGAAAGCUUGAACUCUGCACCAGAGAGGAGAAACUAGAGAGCCUUCCGACUCCCUUUUUUGACAUGAGGAUGACUGGCCACAGCUACAGCAUCUAUAACGCUGUGUAUGCUCUUGUGCAUGCCUUCCAUACCAUGACUUCAUCUAGACUUCAUGCCAGAGAAAAGGAAAAGCCAAGCAUAUUGGCCCCUCACCGGCAGGUUUGGAAGCUUCACUCUUUGAUUCAAAGGAUUUCCUUCAACAAUAAUGCUGGAGAUGAAGUUACUUUUAACGAACAAGGAGAAUUAGCAGCCGGGUUUCUUAUUACAAACUUAGUCAGUUUCCCCAACAACUCCUAUGUUGGGAACAAGGUGGGGAGCCUGGAUCCACAUGCUCCUCCUGGCAAAGAGUUCACCAUUAAUGAAGAGAGAAUCCAGUGGCAUAAAGGCUUCAUUCAGGUGCCUCCAUCCUCUCUGUGUAAUGCCAAGUGUUCUCCUGGCUACAGCAAGAAAAAGAAGGAAGGGGUGACAUUCUGUUGCUAUGAUUGUGCUCCAUGUCCUGAAGGAAAGGUUGCAAAACUGACAGAUAGGGACACUUGCAUCAGCUGCCCGGAAGAUGACUAUCCAAAUCAUGGGAGAGAUCGCUGUAUUCCCAAAGUUCAGACCUUCCUUUCCAUUGAGGAAUCUUUGGGCAUCACUUUAGCUUCUUUGUCUCUUUUCCUUUCUCUGUUGACAGUAUUCGUGCUUGCGAUCUUCAUUAAGCAACGACACACUCCCAUUGUCAAAGCCAACAACCGGGGUCUUAGCUACAUACUCCUCACAUCUCUGUGUCUUUGCUUCCUUAGUUCCUUGCUAUUUAUUGGAAAGCCUAAUAAUUUGACUUGCCUCCUGCGUCAAAUGGCAUUUGGCAUCGUCUUCUCCAUUGCAGUGUCUUCUGUUCUGGCCAAAACCAUGGUUGUGGUUGUGGCUUUCAUGGGUUCCCAGUCAAGGCACAUUUUCCGCAAAUGGAUUGGGAAAAGAUUGGCAUAUUAUGUUGUCUUGGGAUGUUCCCUUGUUCAAGUAAGUAUUUGUGUUGCUUGGUUCGCAUGGUCUCCUCCCUUCCCAGACUUCAACAAGCAUUUGAUCACAGAGGAAAUUGUUGUGGAGUGUAACGAAGGCUCUGUCACCAUGUUCUACUGUGUCUUGAGCUACAUGGGCUUCCUCUCCUUCGUCAGCUUCAUGGUGGCUUUCCUAGCCAGAAAGUUGCCUGACAGUUUCAAUGAAGCCAAGUUCAUCACCUUCAGCAUGUUGGUCUUCUGCAGUGUUUGGGUGUCCUUUGUCCCAACUUACCUCAGCACCAAAGGAAAAUAUAUGGUAGCCGUGGAAGUCUUUUCCAUUUUGUCCUCCGGUGCCGGGUUAUUGGGUUGCAUUUUCUCCCCCAAAUGCUACAUUAUAUUAUUGAAGUCCGAUUUGAACAGCAGGGAGCAGCUAAUAAGGAGAAAACAGAAUUCUAAAAUCUAA